GCUGGUCGUUCAUGAAGAAGAAAAAACAAUCGCUUCCGUGUUGUUAUCGGUUGUUAUUCUGGCAAAUACUAGUUUAGUACUUGAGUCAAAGCGGGAUUGCAAGGCAGUUAUUUGGUGGUUAAACCAUUAUGGUUUUGUAGGAUCAAUACAUAGUAUAGUUUUAUUCGCCAGAAUGUCGUUGCUACAGGGCUCCAAGAAAAAGGACAAGCGUAUUUUGUCCGGUACCUGCCCAGAUCCGAAAUGCCAGGCGAGGCUAUUCUUCCCUGCUUACGGUUCGAUUAGCAUUGAAUGCACAGAGUGUGGCCAACGCCACGAACAGAAUAAUCUUUUAAAUGUGGAAGAAGUAACUGAUCCAGACGUUGUGCUUCACAAUUUGUUAAGAAAUGCCCUACUCGGUGUCACUGGGGCACCGAAAAAGGGAACAGAGCUGGUGAAAGUGAUGGGGCUUUCCAACUACCAUUGCAAGCUCCUUUCUCCUAUUCUCACAAGGUAUGGAAUGGAUAAGCAGACGGGAAAAGCGAAACUGCUGCGGGAAAUGAAUCAAGGAGAAAUGUUCGACUGUUCACUUCUAGGCGACAGGGCGUUUCUAAUUGAACAGGAGCAUGUAUCUACGGUUGGCUAUGGCAAGGACAGAUCCGGGAGCCUGAUAUACCUUCACGACACUUUGGAGGAGAUGAAGAAAGCAAACAGCAACAAAGAAUGCCUCAUUCCUGUUCAUGUGGAUGGAGAUGGACAUUGUCUUGUUCAUGCUGUGUCCAGGGCCCUGGUAGGCAGAGAGCUGUUCUGGCAUGCGUUGAGAGAGAAUUUGAAACAACAUUUCAAACAAAACUUGGAUCGCUACAAGGCACUCUUUCAGGAUUUUAUUGAUGCAGCCGAAUGGGAGGACAUCAUCAACGAAUGUGACCCCCUGUUUAUCCCACCAGAGGGUGUGCCACUGGGACUUAGGAACAUUCACAUAUUCGGCUUGGCCAAUGUGUUGCACCGCCCCAUAAUCCUGUUAGAUUCACUGAGUGGAAUGAGGAGCUCUGGGGAUUACUCUGCAAGUUUUCUCCCUGGGCUUGUGCCGGAAGAGCAGUGCAAAGGAAAAGACGGGAAGUUUAACAAGCCUAUAUGUAUCGCCUGGAGUAGCUCAGGGCGUAACCACUACAUCCCUCUCGUCGGGAUAAAGAACACCCUUCUCCCCAAGCUGCCACCGAGGCUUCUCCCCAAGGCAUGGGGAGUGCCACAGGAGCUCAUCAAGAAGUAUAUAAAGCUGGAACAAGAUGGGAGCUGUGUCAUCGGGGGAGACAGGAGCUUACAAGACAAGUAUCUGAUGAGACUGGUCAAUGCCAUGGAGGAAAUCUUCAUGGAGAAGCAUGGCAUCCACCCCUCCCUUGUGGCAGACGUGCAUCAGUACGUUUACAGACGGACUGGUGUGAUCGGCGUCCAACCCGAAGAGGUGACGGAGGCUGCCAGGAAAUCAGUCGUGGAAAACCGGCUACAUCGCUGUCUGAUCUGCAAUGCACUCUCUGAGCUUCAUGUUCUACCAGAGUGGCUGGCUCCAGGUGGUAAGCUCUACAACCUGGCUAAAUCCACCCACGGAAAGCUCAGACCUGACAAGAACUACAGCUUCCCGCUGAACAAGGUUGUCUGCUGUUACGACCCUGAGAGGGACAUCCUCAUUCCUGACUACAAGCUGAGCUCUUUGAACACAUGCAACUGGUGCCACGGCACCUCCGUGCGCCACAUCCAUGGCAACGGCUCUGUGGUGUAUCUGGAUGGAGACAGAACCAACACCCGUUCCCAGGGGGGCAAAUGUGGCUGUGGCUUUAAGCACUACUGGGAGGGAAAGGAAUACGACAAUCUGCCAGAGGCUUUCCCCAUCACUCUGGAGUGGGGUGGGCGGGUCGUGCGGGAGACUGUGUACUGGUUCCAGUAUGAGGUUAAUGUGGACCUGAACAGCAAUGUGUAUGAUGUCGCCAUGAAACUGGUCACCAAGCAUUUCCCUGGGGAGUUUGGCAGUGAGCUCCUAGUGCAGAAAGUGGUGAACACCAUUUUACAUCACACUGCCAAGAAGAACCCAGACGAGUAUAACCCAGUCUCCAUUGACGGGGCGCAUGCUCAGAGGCUCACAGACGUGGUGGAAACCCAGCAGGCUGUUGUCACACAGCCACCGACUAAGAUCAUACUAACUGGGCAGAAAUCAAAGACCAUUCACAAAGAGGAGCUUACACUGAGUAAGGCAGAGCGGAGCCUUCAGCAGAGCAUCAGCGAGCAGGCCCUAGUGACCCAGAAGAGGAGGACGGAUCGACUGAAGCAGGAGCAGAAGGGACGGGGCAGGCCACCCUCCCCAAGUGCUGCUCAGGAACAUUCCUCCUCCGCCCCAGCCACACCCACCAAAUCCUCUUUCUCCCCCACUUCCAGCAAGGAGAAGAAGAUCCGUGUCACCACUAGCGAUGGGCGGCAGGCCAUGCUCACUCUACAGGCUCAGACCACCUUCGCUGAGCUCCAGAGGAGCAUUGCUAAUGAGUUCACCAUGCCUCCAGCCCAGCAAUGUAUCCGACAUGGAUUCCCACCCAAAGAACUUUUGCCUCCCAAGGAUGGAGCAGAGAAUGAACCUGUGGCUCUCCAACACGGGGACAGGGUGACUGUGGAGAUCCUGAGAGGUCCAGAGAACCGCAAGGCAUCCGCCCAAAGUGCUUCCAGUUCCUAUUCAACUCUGCAUUCCCUUCUCUCUGUGAAGAGUGAUGAUCCAGUGACUUCCAGCAGAAUGAAUACUAGCAGAGAGCUGCAGGACAACAUUGACCUUGAGAUGUCCUCUCUCUGUCUCCUAGCAACCUUAAUGGGAGAAGAUGUCUGGUCAUAUGCCAAAAAACUGCCUCACUUAUUCCACCAAGGUGGAGUUUUCUACAACAUUGUGAAGAAAGAUAUGGGCCUGAUGGAUGGCAAGCACUGCACCCUCCCACACCUGACUGGAAAGACAUUUGUUUACAACGCAGCAGAGGAGCGUCUGGAGCUGUGUGUGGAUGCAGCGGGACACUUUCCCGUGGGCCCUGACGUGGAGGACCUCGUCAAGGAGGCCCUGGUGCAGCUCCGCUCUGAAUCUGCCUCCAGGAGUCGCGAGGGAAGCCCCUCUCACAGCCUGCUGAGGCUCGGGAGUGGAGGUGUGGUGCGCAAGAAGGAGCAGCUCCAAAGUGCCAACGCCUUCCAGGGUAAGGGCCACUCCCUUGGCAGCGCCCCAGGCGGCUCUCCCCCUGAACACAAGCCCAUCACCAGGCAGCACAGCAGCGGGGUGGACCUGAGCGCCAGCGCCUCCAAGGGACCUGACCUGUCUGACAUCUCAGAGGACGCGACCAAGGAGUUGGUGCGCAUGGCUCCCGGUUUUGUCACCAUGAAAGACAGCCGACACCUGGACCCUGGUAUGAUCGAAGAACAGAGGAAAAAACUACAGGAGAUGGUCUCAUCCAUCCAGGCCUCCAUGGACAGGCACCUGAGGGAGCAGAGCAAUGCAGGGGAAGGCAUUGGGGGCCCUGCAGAGAGGACAAGUGGGGCUAAGAUGAGUGCUUCCCAAUCUGCCCCAGGGGCAGGCAUCAAGGAGGCCUCUUCUAUGGACGUAUCUACUGCUGGUGCUCAUGGCACAUCAGUGGAGGCAGGGAACAAGCCUGAUGGAAAGGAUGCAGGGUCAGAGGAGCUGGAGGAAAUGGAUAGCCAGGAUGCAGAGCAUACCAAUGCCCUGGAGCCAAUGGAUCAUUCCUGAUGGGAAAAGGGCCUGGUCCUAUACUUUUCUCAGUCAUGAUCAUUCACCCGUCUAUCUGGUUGGCAUUAGUGUGGGAAUGCUUCAGGUUGUAUCCAAGCUUUGGUAUUCAUUGUGUUUUGUUGUCUUUACUGCAUGAUUGACAAAGAGGUUGACUGUUUCUGCCUUUGGUGACAGUCUAAUGCUAUUAUACAGAAACAUGCACCGAGACCCAAGGAGCAACGCUGCUUCCUGUGUGUGAAAUACAUCCAUGUACAUGUCCUCCAAGUCUUAAAGGUCCAAUGCAGCUGUUUUUAUCUGAAUAUCAAAUCAUUUCUAGUUAACAAUUAAGUACCUUACUAACCAUGUUUCCAUUCACAGUUUUUAUGUGAGGAAAGUCAUACUGUAUAAAAAAAUAAAAUAAUAAUCACAAUAGUUGUGGUGGAAAUAGGAAGUUCCGGUACAAUUUUGUAAAUGCUACAGAUAAUUUGUUCUUUUGACAUGGUGGGAUCUUUUUGUGUCGGUAAAAUUAAUUCUGAGAGAAAUGGCGGUGGAAACGCCUUUAUUCGUAAAUAUUGAUAUAAUAACCAUCAUAUCAAAGUACAUUUGGAGUCAUGCGAUAACAUGGUGUGUGGUCCUCAACUCCUCCCGCUACAACUUGGGAAAUUAUGCAGUUUAUCAGGCUAUGGAUGAAAUAAGUUAUGAUAAACUUCACAGGCUUUGUGAAAGUGCACAGUAUGAGCUUGAUCCUCCUUUCCAAUAAAUGUAGAGGGUCUUAUUCUGGUGACAUGAUGAUCGAUGCUUGACUGCCGUUUGACAAAUAAAAAGAUUCUCUCGCUUAUUCAUAAUAAGCACAUCAUGUAGACUAACCUACACGCAGAGCCUACCUGCACUGUAUCUGCGAGCUGUUGGCUAGAGCGCACAUACCAAGACCAGAGUAGGCACAUUUGCUAUUUAAAUCAACAGUUUUGUCACAAUCUGUAGAGUUGAAAAUGCAAUGGAAACACAUUGACCGAUUUUUAUUCGGUACAUGAAAACAUAAGCAACAAAGUACAUGUUGUCAGCACUACAUCAUCACUCACUGACCUUUAUCCGCAACAAGUCAGUUUGGUGGAAACACCACUGGUGGGAAAAUAUGCAGAUUUUUAGCAAUUGGAUGGAAACCUAGCUACUGUGAUUGUUUUCAAUUCAAAAGGUCAACAAAAAACAAAAACGCUUCUUAGGAAAGAGCAAUUUCUCAAGCAAUAUUUUUGCAAGGACUGUUGGAGUGGGGAAGGGGAAAAUGGAAAACUAUCUGUUAUUGGCAGAGUGAUAUGAAACUCUUAUUGGUCUAUUAACUAAUUUACCACCUGGUGAUUUCACCAGGCAGGCCUAGACACCAUCCCACCAAAUCACGCUGAAAUUUUAGGUGGUCUUUUUAAACAGCUCAUACACUAAAGGGGCAUUAUCAUUUUCACAGGAUUAUUCCAACCUCAUAGUGUGGGAUUGUAUAUAAAGCAGAGGAAAAUGUUGGACUGCACUGGGCCAUUAAGACAAGAGGGAGUAGAAGAGCUUGGUUUAAGAUCCCAUCCCACACCAGCAUUGUAAUGACCGCAAACAUCCGCUUCAGCAAAGUGCACACUGUAAAGGCACUAGCCCUCAAACAUGAUUACCUACCAUCACGUUUAUUGCUUUACCAACAUAUUUGCUUUACCAACACAUUGCUUUAAAACAACAGUGAAAUAUUCCAAACUAUGUUUAUUUUCUUGAACGUUGCUCCCCAUAUGAAGGUUUGCUGUCUUAAUUCUUGAAGGAAGGAGUUACGUGCCCUUAUGAUAAGUAACAAAAAUCAACAUUUGUUGUUGAAUAACCUUGUGAGAAAGCUUUUUUAGUUUGGAUUUGUUUUUGAAAAAUUGUAUAAGAAUUUAAAGAUUGUUUAAAAUGUAAUUUAGAUGAAUGCCAUUUCAAGUGAAGCACUGUUCUGAAAAUAAUUGGUGGAAAUUGGUGAAUUUAUUUUGCUGGUUUGUAGUGAUUGGGGAUAAUGCCUGUUGAUUCUUUUGGGUUCAAGGUUCAUGCUACUUACUGGUUUGAAGUUAUUUAUGCUACUUUUCAUAUUUCUUAUGAAACCCAAAUGAGUGGCCCAAGUUAAGUGUGCUGUAUGAGUGCUGAACUACUUGAUGUGGAACUGUAUUCUAUUGGAAGGCCCAGCACAACAUAGUACACACACCUGGGAGUACUGUAUAUUCCACUACUCAUAUGCAAUUUCCUCAAUCACUUUUUGGACUUUAGUGAAUGAUUGAAUGCAGUGCAGGAUUUUUUUUCGAAAUACAUAUCUAAAGUAAGACUUGAUUUGUGAAUUUCUUUACCAUAUACAGUGCCUUCGGAAAGUAUUCAGACCUUUUACUCAAUACUUUGUUGAAUCACCUUUGGCAGCGAUUACAGCCUCGAGUCUUAAGUAUAACGUUACAAGCCUGCCACACCUGUAUUUGGGGAGUUUCUCCCAUUCUUCUCUGCAGAUCCUCUCAAGCUCUAUCAGGUUGGAUGGGGAGCGUUGCUGCACAACUAUUUCCAGGUCUCUCCAGAGAUGUUCGAUCGGGUUCAAGUCCGGGCUCUGGCUGGGCCACUCAAGGACUUUCAGAGACUUGUCCUGAAGCCUCUCCUGUAUUGUCUUCGCUGUGUUUUUAGGGUUAUUGUCUUGUUGGAAGGUGAACCUUCGCCCCAGUCUGAGGUCCUGAGCGCUCUGGAGCAGGUUUUCAUCAAGGAUCUCUCUGUACUUUGCUCCGUUCAUCUUUGCCUCGAUCCUGACUACUCUCCUAGUCCCUGCCACUGAAAAACAUCCACACAGCAUGAUGCUUCCACCACCAUGCUUCACCGUAGGGAUGGUGCCAGGUUUCCUCCAGCCGUGGCGCUUUGCAUUCAGGUCAAAGAGUUCAAUCUUGGUUUCACCAAACCAGAGAAUCUUGUUUCUCAUGGUCUGAAAGUCUUGAUGUGCCUUUUGGCAAACUCCAAGCGGGCUGUCGUGCCUUUUACUGAAGAGUGGCUUCCGUCUGGCCACUACCAUAAAGGCCUAGUUGGUGCAGUGCUGCAGAGAUGGUUGUCCUUCUGGAAGGUUCUCCCAUCUCCACAGAGGAACUCUAGAGCUCUGUCGGUGACCAUCGGGCACUUGGUCACCUGUCUGACGAAGGCCGUUCUUCUAUGGUUGUUCAGUUUGGCUGGGCGGUGAGGUCUAGGAAGCGUCUCAGUGGUUCCAAACCUCUUCCAUUUAAGAAUGAUGGAGGCCACUGUGUUCUUGGGGACUGUAAAUGCUGCAGACAUUUUUUGGUACCCUUCCCCAGAUCUGUUCCUCGACAAUUCUGCCUCGGAGCUCUAUGGACAAUUCCUUCAACCUCAUGGCUUGGUUUUUGCUCUGAUAUGCACAGUCAACUGUGGGACCUUUAUAUAGACAGGUGUGUGCCUUUUCAAAUCAUGUCCAAUCAAUUGAAUUUACCACAGGUGGACUCCAAUCAAGUUGUAGAAACAAGGGGUCUCCUGGGUGGCACAGUGGUCUAAGGCACUACAUCGCAGUGCUAGCUGUGCCACCAGAGAUUCUGGGUUCGAGCCCAGGCUCUGUCGCAGCCGGCCGCGACCAGGAGGCCCAUGGGGCAGCGCACAAUUGGCCCAGCGUCGUCCGGGUUAGGGAGGGUUUGGCCGGCAGGGAUAUCCUUGUCUCAUCGCGCACUAGCGGCUCCUGUGGCGGGCAGGGCGCAGUGCACACUGACCAGGUCACCAGGUGUAUGGUGUUUCCUCCGACACAUUGGUGCGGCUGGCUUCCGGGUUGGAUAGGCAUUGUGUCAAGAAGCAGUGCUGCUUGGUUGGGUUGUGUUUCGGAGGACGCAUGGCUCUCGACCUUCGCCUCUCCCGAGUCCGUACGGGAGUUGCAGCGAUGAGACAAGACUGUAACUACUACCAAUUGGAUACCACGAAAUUGGGGGAUAAAAAUAAAAAAAGUUGUAGAAACAUCUCAAGGAUGAUCAGGAUGCACCUGAGUUCAAUUUUAGAGUACUUCAGUUAAAAAAAAAAAAAAUUAAAUGCAAAAAUUUCCAAAACCUGUUUUCGCUUUGUCAUUAUGGGGUAUUGUGAGGAAAUGGAUUUAAACUCAGCAAAAAAUAAGUGUCCCUUUUUCAGGACCCUUUCUUUCAAAGAUUAUUUGUAAAAAUCCAAAUAACUUCACAGAUCUUCCAUUUCAUUGUAAAUGGUUUAAACACUGUUUCCCAUGCUUGUUCAAUGACCCAUAAACAACCUGUGGAACGGUCGUUAAGACACUAACAGCUGUAGGCAAUUAAGGUCACAGUUAUGAAAACGUAGGACACUAGAGGCCUUUCUACUGACUCUGAAAAACACCAAAAGAAAAAUAACCAGGGUCCCUGCUCAUCUGCAUGAACGUGCCUUAGGCAUGCUGCAAAGAGGCAGGACUGCAGAUGUGGCCAGGGCAAUAAAUUGCAAUGUCUGUACUGUGAGACGCCGAAGACAGCGCUAGAGACAGGACAGACAGCUGAUCGUCCUCGCAGUGGCAGACCAUAUGUAACAACACCUGCACAGGAUCGGUACAUCCGAACAUCACACCUGCGGGACAGUUACAGGAUGGCAACAACAACUGCCUGAGUUAGACCAGGAACGCACAAUCCCUCCAUCAGUGCUCAGACUGUCUGCAAUAGGCUGAGAGAGGCUGGAAUGAGGGCUUGUAGGCCUGUUGUAAGGCAGGUCCUCACCAGACAUCACCGGCAACAACGUCACCUAUGCGCACAAACCCACCGUCGCUGGACCAGACAGGACUGGCAAAAAGUGAUCUUCGCUGACAUGUCGCGGUUUUGUCUCACCAGGGGUGAUGGUCGGAUUCGCGUUUAUCGUCGAAGGAAUGAGCGUUACACCGAGGCCUGUACUCUGGAGCGGGAUCGAUUUGGAGGUGGAGGGUCCUUCAUGGUCUGGGGCGGUGUGUCACAGCAUUAUCGGACUGAGCUUUUUGUCAUUGCAGGCAAUCUCAACGCUAUGCGUUACAGGGAAGACAUCCUUCUCCCUCAUGUGGUACCCUUCCUGCAGGCUCAUCCUGACAUGACCCUCCAGCAUGACAAUGCCACCAGCCAUACUGCUCGUUCUGUGCGUGAUUGUCAGUGUUAUGACAUGGCCAGUGAAGAGCCCGGAUCUCAAUCCCAUUGAGCACGUCUGGGACCUGUUGGAUCGGAGGGUGAGGGCUAGGGCUAGGGCCAUUCCCCCCAGGAAAGUCUGGGAACUUGCAGGUGCCUUGGUGGAAGAGUGGGGUAACAUCUCACAGCAAGAACUGUCAAAUCUGGUGCAGUCCUUGAGGAGGAGAUGCACUGCAGUACUUAAUGCAGCUGGUGGCCACACCAGAUACUGACUGUUACUUUUGAUUUUGACCCCCCCUUUGUUCAGGGACACAUUAUUCCAUUUCUGUUAGUCACAUGUCUGUGGAACUCGUUCAGUUUAUGUCUCAGUUGUUGAAUGUUAUGUUCAUACAAAUAUUUACACAUGUUAAGUUUGCUGAAAAUAAACGCAGUUGACAGUGAGAGGACGUUUCUUUUUUUGCUGAGUUUAUUUAAUAUAUUUUAGAAUAAGGCUGUAAUGUAACAAAAUGUGAAAAAAGUCGAGAGGUCUGAAUACUUUCAGAAGGCACUGCACAGUCGUGGCCAAAAGUUUUGAGAAUGACACAAAUAUUAAUUUUCACAAAGUUUGCUGCCUCAGUGUCUAGAUAUUUUUGUCAGAUGUUGCUAUGGAAUACUGAAGUAUAAUUACAAGCAUUUCAUAAGUGUCAAAGGCUUUUAUUGACAAUUACAUGAAGUUGAUGCAAAGAGUCAAUAUUUGUAGUGUUGACCCUUCUUUUUCAAGACCUCUGCAAUCCGCCCUGGCAUGCUGUCAAUUAACUUCUGGGCCACAUCCUGAGUGAUGGCAGCCCAUUCUUGCAUAAUCAAUGCUUGGAGUUUGUCAGAAUUGGUGGGGUUUUGUUUGUCCACCCGCCUCUUGAGGAAGGACCACAAGUUCUCAAUGGGAUUAAGGCCUGGGGAGUUUCCUGGCCAUGGACCCAAAAUAUCGAUGUUUUGUUCCACGAGACACUUAGUUAUCACUUUUGCCUUAUGGCAAGGUGCUCCAUCAUGCUGGAAAAGGCAUUGUUCGUCACCAAACUGUUCCUGGAUGGUUGGGAGAAGUUGCUCUCGGAGGAUGUGUUGGUAUCAUUCUUUAUUCAUGGCUGUGUUCUUAGGCAAAAUUGUGAGUGAGCCCACUCCCUUGGCUGAGAAGCAACCCCACACAUGAAUGGUCUCAGGAUGCUUUACUGUUGGCAUGACACAGGACUGAUGGUAGCGCUCACCUUGUCUUCUCCGGACAAGCUUUUUUCCGGAUGCCUUUUUUCCGGAUACCCCAGUCCUCAGCAGUCCAAUCCCUGUACCUUUUGCAGAAUAUCAGUCUGUCUCUGGUGUUUUGGAGAGAAGUGGCUUCUUUGCUGCCCUUCUUGACACCAGGCCAUCCUCCAAAAGUCUUCGCCUCACUGUGCGUGCAGAUGCACUCACACCUGCCUGCUGCCAUUCUUGAGCAAGCUCUGUACUGGUGGUGCCCCGAUCCCGCAGCUGAAUCAAUUUUAGGAGACGGUCCUGGCGCUUGCUGGACUUUCUUGGGCGCCCUGAAGCCUUCUUCACAAAAAUGUUACCACUCUCCUUGAAGUUCUUGAUGAUCCGAUAAAUGGUUGAUUUAGGUGCAAUCUUACUGGCAGCAAUAUCCUUGCCUGUGAAGCCUUUUUUGUGGAAAGCAAUGAUGACGGCACGUGUUUCCUUGCAGGUAACCAUGGCUGACAGAGGAAGAACAAUGAUUCCAAGCACCACCCUCCUUUUGAAGCUUCCAAUCUGUUAUUCGAACUCAAUCAGCAUGACAGAGUGAUCUCCAGCCUUGUCCUCGUCAACACUCACACCUGUGUUAACGAGAGACUCGCUGACAUGAUGUCAGCUGGUCCUUUUGUGGCAGGGCUGAAAUGCAGUGGAAAUGUUUUUUGGGGAUUCAGUUCAUUUGCAUGGCAAAGAGGGACUUUGCAAUUAAUUGCAAUUCGUCUGAUCACUCAUCAUAACAUUCUGGAGUAUAUGCAAAUUACCAUCAUACAAACUGAGGCAGCAGACUUUGUGAAAAUGUAUAUUUGUAUCAUUCUCAAAACUUUUGGCCACGACUAUAUAUAUAUAUAUAUAUGUAUGUAUGUAUAUAUAUAUAUGUGUGUGUGUGUGUGUGUGUGUGUGUGUACAUAGUUCAUGUUGAUAGAUGAUAAGGAAAGAUGCAUCAAUUCAAGAAUAGCUGAUAAUUAUUUUUCCAUGAACCGCCUGCAGUUUUAGUUGUUUGUGAACAUGCAAUGCUAGCAUUUUAUUAUUCAAUUGAAAUAAUACAUUUACUUUUGCACUUGGAAUUCAAGAGAUGGAAAUAAGGUGUGUUGUUGUGCAGGGGUGUGUUGAGCCCUAUAUGCUACCUUUAUUGCUCAUGGGAACAACUAAUGGGAACAUUAGUUAGGAUUAACCUAGGAUGACCCAAGCAUAGAAAUAGAAUGAUUCAUUUUAAUUAUUUGGCACCAACAAUCAGCUGGUAUUACUAAGAAUGUUAUGUCUAGUUGCUUUAUUGCUAUUCUAGUUGCUUUAUUGCUAGAAUUUCAACACAACGUCCACAAUUAGAAUCACUCAAAAAAGAACUGGGCCAAUGGGAUAUAUUAAAGUGCUUUCAACAUGUAUGCCUAGUUGGUGAGUGUGACAUGGGAUGUCUUGAUCUUUUGGUGCAGAAUGUGAUGUAUCCCUUGAGAAGUCAUUGAAAGAGGUGUCAUGGAGAAGGUACAUUUGGUAUCUCAUAAACACAAAACUACAUCUCACUGUGGUGUUUGAAGUAUAUUUCCAAUUGGUUGUUCAUCCAAUGCAGUUGAAUGUAAACUUAUAGGCAAACUGUGUAGUAACAUGUUGCAUUAAGAUCAGUUUUUGUGGAAUUAAAUUCCUCUCCAGACAUUAUAAAACCUAACUCCUGGUUUGUUUGUUGGAAUUUCAACCAAAAAGUGGGUUGCAGUGUUGAUAGGCCCCGGCCUCAAAAGGCAGAGGUCUCACGAAUUGAGUUUACACUUUUGUUGCCAACCAAGAUUUUGGAGUAUUCCAGAUCACCUUGUUGUUCUAGAAUGACAUGGUAACUUUGGAUGCUGCCAUUAUCAGCUUAUGGCCUUAAAUCAUUCAGUCUGACUGAGUUUUGGCCUGACUUCUGGACAGGGUUUCUUAUUAUGACAAAAAGCAGUUCUAUUUGUACCGGCCAAAAAAAACAAUUGCAGGUAACAUUUUUUUAAAGCUUCAUGGCUUUUCCUUUGAGUGAACAAAAUGUCAAACCCAGCACUUUCAGAAAAAGAGUGACUGUUAGAAUAGAGCAUGUACUAGCUAAACUCAAACAAAUAUUGAUAUUUUCAGUCCAAGGAAGAAUAAAAAGGAAAUGUUAAACUUGCCUAACUCAGACAACACUGAUUUGACAAACUUGAAUUUUUUUUUUGAGACUGCUGUACUAAUUACAUAUAUUGUAAGCCAGUUGUAUUAUAAUAGUAUAUAUUGUAGUAUACUUUGAUCUGUACAGAAACUCAAGUUAUUCAGUAAAAUGUUUAGUUAACUUUUUUUCUUGUUUGCUAAUAAAAGAUUGAAGAUACCACAGCUACAACAUUGCUGUUUGCAUGUGUGAUGACUUUUUAACCCAACAAUAAAGUAAUUGCUUCACAA